AUGCGCGCCCUGACGCGGCGCGUCGAGAACUACAAGCGCCGCGAGACGACGCUGCAGCGCGAGGUCGCCGAGGCGGAGACGCUGGUCAAGGCGGAGCGCGAGCGCGGCGGCGACGGGAACCCCGUGGACCUCGCGUCGGAGGCGACGCAGUGGAUGGACGCGCUGGGAAAGAUGCGCGGCGCGGGGCGCGAACAUCCCAACUUCAACUCGCGCGGCGAGAUCGACGUCGCGUACGAGAACGCGCGCGGCCGCACGGACGACAUCCUCGACGAGCAGCAGAAGGACAUGCUGCGGGCCUUCCGCGCGCGGCUCUUCGACCGCCAGCAGGAGCUCGCGGCCCUGCGCGCGCGGCGCGACGAGAAGGCGGCGUCCUGGAUCGGCCGCGUGCGCCAGCUCGAGAGCGACAACGACUACGCCAAGGAGACGACGUGCACGCUCCAGCGCAACUCGAGCACGCUCAUGGCGCGGAACCGCGAGCUGCGGCGGAAGAACGGCGAGGGCGGGAAGGCGCGGAAGGCGUUGGUGGAUCAGCUCGUGCUCUCGAAGCGGUGCCGCGCGACGCUCCGCGAGGAGCUCCAGCAGCUCGAGGAGGACCUGGCGACGGCGUCGCAGCCCCGCCUCGCGCGGGCGCGCGCGCCGCCGCCGACCUACGUCAACGAGCCCGUCAGGGGCGCCGCGGCCGCGAAAAGGCUCCGGGACGAACUCUCCGCGACGCGCAAGGCUUUAGGCGAGUGGCGCGAGCGCCACGGCGCCUGCACGCGCCUGAGCGCGGACCUGCAGCACCUGCUCUGGACCUUCUGCCAGCGCGUCCGGGGCACCAUCGACGCGGAGACCAAGGGCGCGCUCGAGCGGCCGCGGCCGAGCACGGCGAAUUUGCAGCGGCCGUCGACGGCGCCGACCAAGGCGCCGCCGCGGGCCAAGUCCGCGGGCCUCGGGGCCCGGGGCCCGCCGGCGAAGGUGAAAACGCACGACCUCGACCUCCAGCUCCGCGUCGUCCACCAGCUCGCGAAAUUGGCGUUCCCGGAACCGCCGGACCUCCUCGCGGCGGUCCGCGGCGCGCCCGCGCCGGGCUGGGGCGCGCCGGGCGGCGCCGGGCCGGGAAACGCCGAGGCGCCCGCGGCGAAGCCCCGCGCGUUCGUCGCGCCGCCCGUGAGCCGCCUCGGCGGCCUCCGCGCGGCCUCCGCGCGGCCGGGGGGCGACGCGCGCGCGCCGCGGCCGGGCGCGCGCGGCGCCGCGGCCCGGCCCCGCCCGGCGACGGCGCGGCCCGUGACGCGGUGA